CCUACAUACACGCGUACCAGAUAAUCAUGGCGCCUCAACAACUGUACCCGCGCUCUACAGUCAAACGCAUCGUGAAAGCGCACAGCAACCGCAAUCUGAGCAAGAAUGUCGAUAUUAUGAUAUUCCUGGACUACACGCUGUUCAUUCAAGAUCUCAUGCGCGAGGCUACAAUCAAGGCACGGCUCUCUGGGGAACGGGGAAUCUCGGCUCGUUCGGUUCGAAAAGUUAGAGAGAACUCGCUGAGGAAGUUCAAGGGCUGAAGAUGCUUGCGCCGCACGAUGAUCGAUGAUCAUAUCCAAGUUAUGACCUCAGUCCAUAAUCCAUAUGUGACGUCCUAAAGGAUCUAAGAACCGCAGCUCGCGAUAAAGCUAUAUGGCGAUGCGAUAAAGCAGCUAUCGACCCUCAUAACCUUAGAGGAAGCCAUGCCCUACUUGGAGUACUGCAGCUAGGAUAUGGGUGACAGAGAUGAAACGAAUGAUGACGAGUUUCGUGGUAUGAGGAUAUACUCUUCGCAUGUGACCCCAGUGUCAUGACUAGAAUCUUUAAAGAAAGAAUAUGCAUUAUUUAAUU